AUGAGCACUCAUCAUCAGCUAGCUCAAGUAAACGAGCUUCGGGAACUAGCACACCCCAACCGCGUAAGCGUAAUCGGCACACAGGAACGACCUCUCGAAACUGCAUAUUACGAGAUUCUCGGAGUGGAGAUUACAGCAACUACCGAUGAGAUCAAAGGCAUACACGCCGAGGAGACGGUACACCUACAGUUUAAACAAAUUUCUAUAGCGUACCAAGUACUGUCCGAUCCCGAGCUACGCAAGAAAUAUAACGAAUUUGGGCCCAAGGAGGGUCGACCCCGAAGAAAUCUCUCAGCAAUAUUUGGUGGCGAAAGAUUUGUCCCUAUUAUUGGACAUAUUUCGUUAGGGAAGGAUAUGAAGGAUGCACUGCAGAAUGAGGAAAGUGAUCACGAAGAACCGAGUGAGCCACCCCAGAGAGAUGCGAAGGGGCGCGAGAUUAUUUCUCCAGAGGAGCGUGCUCGACGAGAGGAGAAACGCCUGCGUAAAGAGGAGCGCGAACGACAAAUAGAUGCACAGGCUACACGAUCCGAACGGGUAUCGUUACUGGUCACCGAACUAUCCCGCAAGCUUUCCAUAUACACGGAGAGUGCGACUGGCCAUCCCCAACAAGACGCAGACGUAGCAAAUAGUUGGAGGCAGAUAUGUGAGAUCGAGGCUAAUGAACUUAAAGGAGAGUCAUACGGUGUCGAGCUCUUGAAUGCCAUUGGAUUUGUCUAUGUCUCCAAGGCUAAACACUACUUGGCUACGAAUCAAACAUUCAUGGGUGUGGGAGGCUGGUUGCAUAACAUACAGGAAAGUAUCACAGUAUCGACUGUAAGGUCAGCGUUGGAGCUCAAACAAGUUUUUGAUCAAAUCGCCGAGGCUGAGAAGUCUGGUAUGAACCCGGAGCAGAAGAAAAAACUCGAGGAACAGGCUGCAGAAAAGGUCUGUAAAACUUCCUAUGUCAUUUCACUUGGCCCUGCCCGCUCCCGAACUGGGGUGUUACUCGGAUGGUUGGAACGAUCACUCACGUUUCCUCAUCUCACGCAGGGCCUACGCGCGCUGUUCAAAGGCGCCAAACUUGAGAUUGAAUCAGUCCUACGCGAGACCUGUGACCGAGUCCUCGCUGACCCGACCCUGCAGUCCAGUAAGCUUCACUUGCGAGCCGAGGCGCUGCAGAUUCUAGGCGAGGCAUAUCUUAGUGUCAAGAAGGAUGGUGAUGCGACUGAAGAGGACUAUGUUCGGAUCGAGACUAAUGCUAGUCGGCAAAGGGCUGCAAAUGCUGGUUACACUUAG